AAGAAAACUUGAAAUAAUAGAGAGAAAAAAUGGCGGAUGAGGAUGGAGAAUGGGUGGUUGUGCGGCGGCCGGCGGAGAAAGAUUGGUGGAAACCGACGGUGGAUGACGGUGGUGAUGAUGAUGAUGAUAGGCCAUUGAAGGUUGUUUUCAGAGAGCCAGCUAAGCAUUGGACUGAUGCAAUUCCGAUUGGAAAUGGUCGCAUUGGUGCUAUGAUUUUUGGUGGCGUUUCUACUGAAACUCUUCGAAUUAAUGAGGAUACUCUUUGGACCGGGAUUCCUGGAAACUACACUAACCCCAAUGCUCCCGAGGCACUAACACAGGUUAGAAAACUUGUCUAUGAUGGGAAAUAUGCAGAAGCCACUGCAGAAGCGGUCAAAUUGUCAUCCAUCCCUUCCGAGAUCUAUCAAGUACUUGGUGAUAUAAAACUAGAAUUUGAUGAUUCCCAUCUCAAAUACGACGUAAAGACAUAUCACAGAGAACUGGACUUGAAUACUGCCACAGCAAGAGUGAAGUACUCCAUAGGUGAUGUGGAAUAUACGAGAGAACAUUUUGCUUCUAAUCCUAAUCAAGUGAUUGUGACGAAGAUUUCCGCAAGCAAAUUGGGGUCGGUAUCAUUUAUAGUGUCUUUAGACAGUGGGUUGCAUCAUCAUUCAUAUGCAAAAGGUGAAACUCAGAUAUUUAUUGAAGGCAUUUGUCCUGGUGAAAGGGCUGCACCACAGCUGAACGAAAGUGAUGAGCCCAAGGGUGUUAAGUUUACUGCAAUUCUUAGUGUAAAGAUCAGUGGGGCUAAAGGAAAGAUAAAUGUUUUGGAUGACAGAAAACUGAAGAUAGAAGGUUCAGAUUGGGCGGUUUUAAGUCUAGUGGCUUCAUCUUCAUUUGAUGGACCUUUCACGGUACCUAAAGAGUCCAAGAAGGAUCCUAAUUCAGCGUCCCUGCAUGCAUUAAGUUUAGUUGAAAGUUUAUCCUAUAGUGAUUUGUAUACACAUCAUUUGGAUGAUUAUCAGGCUCUUUUUCAUCGCGUCUCGUUGCAGCUUUCGAAAAGCGCAAAGAGCAUAUUAGGAAAAGGACCUCUGGGUGUGAAGAAACUUUCUAAAAAUAAUUUAUUCUUCAAGGGGACCAAAGAUGAUACCAUCUCUACUGCGGAGAGGGUCAAAUCUUUUCGAAAUGACGAAGAUCCAUCCUUGGUGGAACUUCUGUUCCAGUAUGGCCGAUAUUUGCUUAUUGCUUGUUCAAGGCCUCGAACUCAGGUGGCAAAUCUACAGGGAAUAUGGAGUAAGGAUAAUGCGCCACCGUGGGACGGUGCUCAACAUCUGAACAUCAAUCUACAAAUGAAUUACUGGCCUGCCCUUUCUUGCAAUCUUCGUGAGUGUCAAGAACCAUUGUUUGAUUACAUAUCUUCUCUGUCAAUCAAUGGAAGUAAGACAGCAAAAGUGAACUAUGAGGCAAAUGGUUGGGUGGCUCAUCAAGUGUCUGACUUAUGGGCUAAAACAUCUCCUGAUCGAGGUGAUGCUGUUUGGGCGCUAUGGCCAAUGGGUGGUGCUUGGCUUUGUACUCACUUAUGGGAGCAUUAUACCUACACCAUGGACAAAGAUUUUCUAAAAAAUAAGGCAUACCCUUUGUUGGAAGGAUGUGCAACAUUUCUGCUGGACUGGUUGAUAGAAGGACCCGGAGGGUAUCUUGAAACGAAUCCAUCAACUUCACCGGAACACAUGUUUAUCGCUCCAGAUGGUAAACCUGCAAGUGUUAGCUAUUCAACAACUAUGGAUGUGGAAAUCAUACAAGAAGUGUUCUCUGAAAUUGUUUCUGCAGCUGAGAUUUUAGGAAGAAAACAAGAUGAACUUGUUCAAAAAGUCCUCGAGGCUCAACCGAGACUUAGACCUAUAAAAGUUGCCAGAGAUGGUUCCAUCAUGGAAUGGGCUCAGGAUUUUGAGGACCCGGAAAUUCACCAUCGACAUGUUUCUCACCUCUUUGGCAUAUUCCCAGGCCAUACAAUAACUGUUGAGAAAACUCCAGACCUCUGUAAAGCUGCUGACUAUACCCUUUAUAAAAGAGGAGAGGAAGGUCCAGGAUGGUCAAGCAUGUGGAAAGCUGCACUAUGGGCACGCCUACAUAACAACGAGCACGCUUAUCGGAUGAUCAAGCAUUUGUUUGACCUGGUAGAUCCAGAUCGGGAAGGCGAGUAUGAAGGAGGUCUAUACAGUAACCUGUUCACAUCACACCCUCCUUUCCAAAUCGAUGCGAACUUCGGUUUUCCAGCAGCAAUAGCAGAAAUGUUGGUCCAGAGCACAGUAAAAGACCUAUACUUACUCCCGGCUCUUCCUCGGGACAAAUGGGCGAGCGGUUGUGUCAAAGGACUAAAGGCGCGAGGCGGAGUAACAGUCAACAUAUGCUGGAAAGAAGGCGAUCUUCAUGAAGUUGGUCUUUGGUCAAAAGAACAUAACUCUGUUAUUACUGGAUUGCAUUAUAGAGGAAUCACAGUGAAUGCAAAUAUAUCAUCUGGUACAGUAUACACGUUCAAUCGACAGUUAAAAUGCAUAAAGACAUACGCUUUAUCUCGAGCAGCUUCGUGCUAGAAAAAGAUGGUAUUACACAAAUGAUUUUGUAAUAAUUCUGGAAAAUGAACAAGGAGGUCUUCAUUUAUCUAUCAUUCUUUCAUUGAUCAUUAAUUACUCUCAUUUUCGCUUAUGCAUUACACUGUAAGCACAAUUCUGUUAAAAUGGUUCAAAGAUUUAAUAUCAUUCAGUUAUUGAUUCGUA